AUGCCCAAAAACCGUAAGUUCUGCUUCACAAAGUUCAAAUCUUUGCAAUCUUCUGAUGAAAAAUCCCUCCAAGAAAAUCACAGACGUCCUUUUUGCAAUCCCGUCGCCGCAUCUUUACUCAUCAAGAACUUCAACUCUCUCUAUGAUUACACUAACGACUGCUCCGCCGCCACCACUGCCGCCUCAGUCGCCUCCUCCACCACGUCGGACUACCAUUAUUUAUCUGACUCCGUAUCUGAAACUGUAACCACCAAAAUAGCAGAUUUCGCCUCCGCCUUCGCCUCUCAACGCUUCUUCUUCUCCUCCCCCGGCCUCUCCAACUCAAUUGUGGAAUCGACAUCAGUGUCAACAUCACUAGCAUCAAACCCAUCUUCCUCGACCGGAAGCCCUCCGGAAUCUGAUUCUGUUGCCGUUCCUGUUCCAACGUACUCGGUGGACCCCUUCACCGAUUUCCGGCGAUCCAUGCAGGCUAUAGUGGAGGCGCGUGAACUAAUUGAUGUAAAUUCCAACUGGGAUUACUUGCAUGAGCUCCUCAUGCGCUAUCUAUCCUUAAACCCAAAAACCACACAUAAAUUUAUAAUCGAAGCUUUUGCCGAUCUCCUCGUCAGCAUGAUGACACCGCCGGCGCCCGAGAGUAGCCGUCAGAAAUAA